AUGGUGCCCCAUUUCAGCAAACCAUUCGUCACUAGAAAGCAUCCUCUACCACUCCAAAAUCUUCAAUUCAAGACACGAAUACAACCUUGGAACCUUCAUUCUGCCUUUAGACUCAAACCACAAUGGCUCAAGCUACUUUCGACCUUCCCCCUGUUGAGCAUGAAGACAUUCCGCGACUCUCCAACAUCCGUAUCGCAGCUUGUCUUCCUGACAACUGCUUCAAACUCUACUUUUGACGAGCCAAGCGAAUUCGAAAAGCGAGUAACAGAUAUGCUAGAAAGCCAAGUGGGAACUCCAACAUGGCAACACAUUAAAGCAGUCGAUAGAGAAACUGAGCAGAUAGCUGCCUGGGCCUCAUGGAACACCAACAAAUGA